AUGGUACAAUUUGUGAAAAGAAAAAAUAAGGAUGACAGCCACAAGAGGCAUCGACAUAAUCGAUAUUCUAAUUUAAUGCAUGAAAGAAAUAUUCACAAAAGUUCUAUAACAAAUUUUGAAGAAUUGGGGGAAAAAUAUGCAUAUUUAAAUAGGUAUUUAAUUGUGAAUAAAAAGGGAAAGAAAUUUUAUAACUUUGAAAAAACAAUAGCUACCUAUGUUUUAAGUAAAGCUUUGUUAAAAGAGCAUUAUAAUCUUCAUUUUUUUCUGCCAUAUAUAUAUGUUGAAAAGUUAUAUCAUAAAAUUGAUGAUAUUAUUACAUCAUCGUCACAUAAUAAUAAUAAUAAACAAUAUUUUUUGUAUUAUAAUGAAGAGGAAUUAUAUGAUAUAAGAAAAAAUUCACUUUUGGAAGCAUAUAAUGAAUACACAGAUAAUUUGUUACAUCUUAUUGAUGCAUAUGAAGAAGGCAUACAAAAUAAAAUUAACAAAGAAAUAACAUAUCCUAAUUUGAAAAAUCAAAAUGACCAACCAAAAAAUAAUUUUUUAUGCCCAUGUGUACCUGGGAGAGCUAAUUACAUUCAUAUAAUAGCAGACCUUACAAUUAUAAAUUCUUUAGAAAAUUAUAAGGAUAAUAUAAAUACAUACAUAUAUAGAAACAAUAAUGAUAUUAAUAAUACCCCAAUAUUAUUAUAUGGAAAUAUAAUAAAAGUUUUAGAUGUUGGAGUUGGGGCAAAUUGCAUAUACCCCCUUCUAGGGAAUAUUGUCUAUAAAUGGUCUUUUAUAGGAGUAGAUAUAAAUAUAGAUUCUUUGAAAUAUUCUUAUAUAAAUAUCAUAUUAAAUAAUAAAGAAAAUGAUAUCUUGUUAAAGUAUCAACAUGAUAAACAUAAAAUAUUUUUAAAUGUAAUUAAACAUUCGGAUUUAUACUUUUUCACAAUGUGUAAUCCUCCUUAUUAUACAUUACUGGAAGAAUUUAACAAAAACCCUUUUAGAAAUGUAGAAGCAAAUAUAGAUGAAGUAGUAUAUUAUUCUGAAAAUAACAAUGAGGAGAACUGUAACGAUGAAAUAGCAAACAUUAAUGAUGACAAUAAAUAUGAUAUAUGCAAUAAUGUGAGCUCUUAUAAUGCACAUGAACAAAUUAGUAAUAAUAAUAAAAUGAAAGAAAACGAAGAGAAUUAUAAUUCUCCUAAAAAUGAUAAUAAUACACCUUUUAUAGGACCAAGAAAUAGUAAUAUGGAUGUAAAAACAAAAGACAUAAAUAGUCAUUUACAUAAAGGAGGAGAAUAUAAAUUUAUUAUGAAAAUGAUUAAUGAAAGUAAAAUAUUUUUUUACAAUGUAAUAUGGUUUACUACAUUAGUAUCAAAAAAAAGUAAUGUCAAAUUAAUAAAAAAUGAAAUAAUACAAUCAAUGAGAUUAUAUAGUGUACAUAAAAAAAAACAAAUUAAUUUCUUAAACGAUGUAAUAACAAAUAAUUUGUAUUUUGAUAAAUUUUUUUAUUUUAAAAAUAUUAAUAGUAGUUCCUUUCCAUUGUAUAUAUCACAAUAUAGAAUAUUUGAGUCAUAUACUGGAAGAAUAACUCGAUGGAUUUUAUGUUGGUCAUAUUAUAAUGAAUCACAAAUUAAUUAUUUAAAAAAAAAGUUUUACGAAAAAAAUAUUGAAAACCCCACAUAG